AUGGCCGUCGACUGCCCAAUAUGCAACAAGCCCGUCAAGCCAAAUCUCAUCAACAACCACAUCGACUCGGGCUGCGAGAGCUUCGUCCUCGACCCAUCUUCCAGCGCCAACACGACGUCCUCUCCGCCUCCCUCGACGCCUUCGCACACCAACGGCGCCGGCAACAUGCUGACCCAGCCGAAACGAUCCGCCGCUUCCACCUUCUUCCAGACCCCCGCCGCAAAACGGCAGGCCACGACGAACCGCGUGCUGACACCCAACGCCAACGGCAAGGCGGCUGGUCCGCUGGCGCCAGCAGCAGGGAAAAAGAGAGCCUUUGACGACGGGCCAGGCCAGGAAAUGGUGGCACGAACAGACACAGACACAUGCGCGACGACGCCUUCAGGAGAGCAACCACAGCAACCACAGCAACCACCCGCAGCCCAGGGCGUCCUCGAUGCUCCGGCGCCCAAACGCACAAAGACGGCCCGUUCGGCGCCCCUCGCUGAACGCAUGCGACCGCAGGCUCUCGACGAUGUCUUUGGUCAGGACCUCGUCGGGCCCCACGGCGUCCUGCGCUCCCUCAUCGAGACGGACCGCGUGCCCUCGAUGAUCCUCUGGGGCGGCUCGGGCACCGGCAAGACCACCAUUGCCCGCUGCAUCGCCCACCGCGCCGGCAGCCGGUUCAUCGAGCUCAACGCCACGUCGACGGGCGUCGCCGAAGUCAAGAAGAUGUUCCUCGAGGCCGCCAACGAUCUCGCCCUCACCGGACGCAAGACCAUCAUCUUUUGCGACGAGAUUCACCGCUUCACCAAAGCCCAGCAGGACGUCUUCUUGAAGCCCGUCGAGGCCGGCACCAUCACGCUCGUCGGCGCCACGACGGAGAACCCCUCGUUCCGCGUCGGCGCCGCCCUGCUCUCGCGCUGCCGCACCUUUACGCUGCAGAAGCUCAGCGCUGAGAACAUCGCCGCCAUAUUGCGCCGUGCCGUCGCCGCCGAGUGUCCCGGCGGCCCUCCCCCGCUGCUCUCGGACGGCGCCAACGCCGACCACCUGCUGACGUACCUGGCCGCCUUUGCCGACGGCGACGCGCGCACGGCCCUCAACCUGCUCGAGCUGGCCCUCUCGCUGGCGGCGCGGCCCGACACGACCAUGGACGACCUCAAGGCGUCGCUGACCAAGACGCUCGUCUACGACCGCGCCGGCGACCAGCACUACGACACCAUCUCGGCCUUCCACAAGGCCAUGGGCUUCGGCGCCGAGUACAAGUACCCGCCCAACUACCGCGACGGCAAGGUCCGCCAGGACUAUCUGCCCGAGGGCAUGCAGGGCAGGCGCUUCCUCGAGGACAGGCAUCUCGGGACCGAGGUUGAUCCCGAUCUCGAGAUGGGGGAUUCCUAG